GAACUGGAGCACUAAGUGCGAGUCAGGCAUUAUCACCCAGAACCAGUGCUCGACCUCACUAAUGCUCUCGUUGCUGAAUGGGAGAAAAAUCCCUGCAGCACCUGCAGGUUCCAAAAAUCUGGGGAGCCUUUCCAGAAGAGUCCAGGCUGUUACAGCAGCAUUCCUUCACCAUUAUUCCUCCCUGAGCAUAAAAAUGGCUGGCUGCUGAAUCGAUGGCGUCCCUUACAUUACAGCUGUCCUACAGUGUAAAACAUCUCAUCCAGUCUCGCCUGGAGCGCAGAGGAUGAUGGGAGGUGAAGAAAACGGUGGGUGUGUGUUGCCCUGUGGAGAGUCCAGAGGGAAAACAAAAGCGGGGACUUUAGAAAACAGUGAGAACUCUCGCUCCGCAUCUUCCUCUUGUCAUCACAGCAUGUGGUGCGAAGAAAGAAGCAGCCCCUAGACACUGAAGAGAGAGCGCAGGAGGACAUAAAGGAGGAGGAAGAGAGAGUCUGACGCAGAUAAAGAAGAGGGGAUAACUCAACGCAGGAGGUAAAGACUCAAGGAGAGCGUGUAAUGAUGGCUGAGGCACCUCAGCAGCAGAAGCAGGAGAAGCAGCAGCAGCAGGAGGAGGAGCAGGAGCAGCAGAGUCCUGUGGAGGCGCCAGAGCCCAACGAAGGGCCUGAAGAACCAAAGGAGAGCGUCCAGACGACCCCGGCCCGACCUCUGCUGUCCAUGAGGUCCAUGAGCAGCGUUGACCCAGAUGACGACUCCCCCAACAUGAUUGUCUACAGAAAGAUUGAAGACAUUGUCACUCGCAUCCAGGAUGAGACAGAGGGGGUUCCCAUCAGAACUGUCAAAAGCUUCAUGACCAAAAUCCCCAGCGUUGUCACAGGUGCAGAUAUUGUUCAGUGGCUGAUGAAGAGUCUGUCCAUCGAGGAUCCAGCUGAGGCCAUGCACAUCGGGAGUCUCAUCGCAGCUCAGGGGUACUUCUUCCCUAUCUCAGACCAUGUCCUCUCCCUCAAGGACGAUAGCACUUUCUACCGCUUUCAGGCACCGUAUUUCUGGCCGUCCAACUGUUGGGAGCCUGAAAACACUGACUACGCUAUCUACCUGUGCAAGCGGACCAUGCAGAAUAAGACCAGGCUGGAGCUGGCAGAUUAUGAGGCGGAGAACCUAGCCAGGUUGCAGAGAGCCUUUGCCAGGAAGUGGGAGUUUAUCUACAUGCAGGCUGAGGCCCAGGUCAAGAUCGACAGGAAGAAGGAUAAAACUGAGAGGAAGAUCCUUGACAGCCAGGAGAGAGCCUUCUGGGAUGUCCACAGACCUGUGCCAGGAUGUGUAAACACCACAGAGAUGGACAUCAGAAAAUGCAGACGCAUGAAGAACCCUCACAGAAUUAAGAAGUCGGUGUACGGUGUGGCGGAGGAGGGAACACAGUCUCAGAGUCCCAUACACACUCCCUCGCACCAGUACAGAAAAGACACCAAGGAGGAUGUGGAGAAAGAGAUCUUGUUCCUGAACACCCAGCUCGACCGUCACUGUAUGAAGAUGUCUAAGGUGGCUGAAAGUCUGAUAUCCUACACUGAGCAGUACAUGGAGUAUGACCCGUUUGUGACUGCACCAGAACCGUCCAACCCCUGGACCAAUGACGAUCCUUCCUUCUGGGACCUGGAGGCCAGUAAGGAGCCCAGUCAGCAGAGGGUGAAGAAGUGGGGUUUCUCUCUGGAGGAGGCCCUGAAAGACCCCGCAGGACAGGAGCUCUUCCUCAAGUUCCUGGAGUCAGAGUUCAGCUCAGAAAACCUGCGGUUCUGGUUGGCGGUGCAGGACCUGAAGAGGAUGCCCCAGCAGGAAGUUGCACAGGGGGCAGAGAACAUCUGGGCAGAGUUCCUGGCAGAGGGAGCACCCAGCACCAUCAACCUGGACUCCCACAGCUACGAACGCACCAGCCAGAACCUGAAAGACCCGGGGCGAUACAGCUAUGAGGACGCACAGGACCACAUCUACAAACUGAUGAAAAGUGACAGCUAUACUCGCUUCCUGCGCUCCAACGUGUACCAGGACCUGCUGAUGGCAAGGAAGAAACCUGAAACGGAGCAGGGCCGACGCACCUCCCUGGAGAAGUUCACUCGCAGUGUGGGCAAGUCACUGACGGGCAAACGACUGACGGGCCUCAUGCAGUCAUCCUGACAAGGCCUGGAUCAAGAGUAGGAGGAACCAUACCCAGAAGAGCUGCUUACACCUGGGGCGCAGGCGGAAAAGGACCCUGGGGUGUUCGGGUGUGGCUGCGGUAGGCGGGUGAGGGCGUCAAACGGAGCCCAGACUGCUGGACCGGACCGCCACCACGUUUGAAAACUCCCCUCAGAUUAGUUCAAGAGGACCGACAGCAUGCAAUAAGUCACCAGACCUGACACCAGGACAGUGCUGUCGCAGUGUAGACGAUAAACAAUUCUUCUCUUCUUAGGAGGUUUCUACUCAAAAGCCUGCACCUUAGCGGGCCCUGUUGUUUCUCUCUAUCUAUCUACACUCAUGUUAAUACGGUAGCUGAAGAGGCUCUCACUUUACUUUCAGUGAUAUAAACAUGGAAUGCUCGAAUGCCUAGACUGAUGUCAAAAAGAGACUUAAAUUACUGCUGUAGCUAGCUGUUUUAUGUCACAUCGUUUACUAGGAUGAUAUAAGGGAAAAGGAGGGCUUUACAGUAAACAUCUGCACUCUCCAACUGAACUUCUGCUCACUCUUCACAUGGAAGGCAAGUCUGCUCGCUUUGUCGGUGAACCAGGUGGAGAAGUGCACCAACUUCUUAGUAAAUGAGCUUUUUGAUCAAUCUACUCACACGGGGUGACACAAGAUUAACAACCUCUGGGUGUCCAGUGUUGGUGUAGUUUGUUUCAAUGUGUGUUCACACUUCAUAUAAUAAUCAUAUAAACUAAUGUAUGUUUUUAUGCUUAUUACAGACUGAUUAAACCUACAGAUGAAAGCUUGUAUAUUUUCACCUGUAAGCACCUUGAGCCACCUCGACCUGCUCUGGUACAGUAGAUCUUUCCUGGAACACAGGUAAAAAAAAAUGUUUUUUUGUAACUAUAUUGUUUUCAAUCACGCUGAAAAGAUGAACAGUGCCAUCAGUACAAACUGUAGAAGUCAUCACCAGAAAAUCGAAACAAGCGUCACUGCAUUUCUUAGAUUAUCUCACAUGCUGUAAGAAAAAACACAAUUACCACUGCCUCUGUAAGCACAUUGUCUAUUUAUAGCAAAGCAUUUCUCAAAGCCUUGUAAAAAAAAAAAAAAAAAAAGUGCACCAGACAGACGUGUGAUCUUGUCACUAAAAGGUACGGACAGGUUGAUAAUUUUACCAAAAACGGGUGUUUUACUUUAAAGCGAGUUGAUGUAACAUUAGGUUUUCUUCUAUCUUCUAAACAUUCCACUUCAGGCAGCCACAAUGAGGUUUAGUGGGCUGACCUAACCAUUCUUCACCUUUAUGUAAAGAGGACUAUGAUAAUAAAAGAGGAAUGCACAAUAAAGAGAGGGACUUGGCCCAUUAUUUCAUUUGUGUCCAUUUAAUUUCUCCAGGAGCUGCAAAGAAAUUCACCUUUUACAUCACACCAAAUGGAUAAAUGUCAUGUUUCCUGGGGUAAUGGGACCAAACACCAGCUGCACUUUGAAUGCAGUUCCAACAAUCAGGUACAGCUUUGCUCUUUGUAGUCACAUACUGCCCUCUAGUGCAUUUGGAAUGAAAAUGCUGGUAAAUGUCUCGAGAACGACCUUCUUGUGUUAAUUAUUAAAGAUUAUACAGAAGAAAAGUCAAACUAAAGCAGGAUAACAGUUAUAUAUAAUAAUCAAAUGAAUACUGGUAACUAAUAUCUAUCAAUCUAAGUCACCCAGAUCCCAAAAAUUAAUUGAAUGAAGUCCAGUGUGGUCAACUUCAGUUACUGAUGCUGUGAACAUCAACUGGAAACUCUUUUAGGGACUCCAGCAGUGGACAGUUGUAAUCUGAUUAUUCAGUCUCUCUGUCAUGGUGGUUGAGCUGAUAGAAGCUGUCGCAGCAGCACCACCACCUAGUGGAACUGUGAGGCGUCUGUUCAGUCUU